AUGAUUUCAAUAGCUGUUAUUACCACAACAAAUAUCAAUGGUGUUACUGUCACUUUAACAAACACUGUCACUAGUACAGGUACAGCCACCACAAAUACAGCCACCACAAAUACAGCUACAACCAAUACAGCUACAACUAACACUGCUACAACAAAUACUGCUACAACUAACACUGCUACAACAAAUACUGCUACAACUAACACAGCUACAACAGGUACUGGUACAGCUACUACAGGAACUGCCACUACAGGAACAGGUACAGGAACAGCUACAACAGGUACAACUACUGGAGGUGCCGCUGAUGGUGAAGUUGAAGGAACUGAUACUGCAACCACAGGUCGUACUACAACAAAAUUAUCUCAAGGUACAGAUACUUCAAGUGUUAACCCAACAUUUACAUAUUCAGAUGCUACAACUACUUAUAUCACUUCAUCUGCUUGGACUUCAAUUUGGGUCACUGUUACUUAUUCAAAUGGUGGUGUUGCCACAGUGCAAACAACUUAUUCUCAAAGAUUCAAGAGUUUUUAUUCUUCGGUUGAUCAACCAUCCUCUGGUACUAUUGGAUUAGGCUCUAUUAGUGGGAGUGUUGGUGUUGUGAAGAGUAAACAUUUAGUUACUCAAUCAACCAAUGCUGGUAUCAUCAAUACAAUCUCAUCUGGUUUGAUCUUUGUUGUUGCUUUAUUAUUUUUAUGA